AUGGCUAAAAUAGAACAUAGUGAUACAAUACCAAGAGGAACCAAUGGGAGAAGCCGUUAUGAUACCUUGGCAGCAAUACACACUGCAGCAGUUGACGAAGUACAUUUUGGUCCAUCCUUUUGUCCAUGGCAUAGACUGUAUUUAAUACUUAUUGAAACAGCUCUAAGAGUUCCUAUACCUUACUGGGACCCAACCAUUGAUGGUGAGAUGACAGACCCAACACAGUCCGUUGUUUGGACCAAUAAAUACUUUGGUAAUGGCAAUGGUUUGGUAGUGACUGGUCCGUUUAGAAAUUAUUAUACACCCACAGGACCACUUGCUCGUAACAUAGGAUCGGAUGGACUUUUGUUCUCAAAAGAAAAUAUACAGCAGUUAUUUAGAUAUCGUUUUAAUAGAGAUAUUUUUGAACCAGCCUCAUUUGGUGGUCAGAUGUCAACACUGGAAGGACAACAUAACAUGGUCCAUUUCUGGAUUGGUGGACAUAUGAAUGAAUUUGAAUAUGCUGCGUAUGAUCCAGUUUUCUGGAAUUACCAUGCAUACGUUGAUUAUGUUUGGGAAAAUUUCCGUAGAUUGCAAGUCAGGAGAGGAGUGAAUCCUGAGCAGGAUAUAGUGAGAUCUUGGGAACAAGAUCCGAACAGUUUUGCUGUUGGAUUGCAAGGUUUAAGGAUUCGGGAGGGUUAUUCCGGGCGAAUUGCUAGAAUGGUGACCUAUGAGUCAAUGCCAAAAUGUCCAGAGUGUGGGAAUAGUUCUGACAUGUUUUGUCGCCGAGGUGUCUGCGUUUCAACAAGUGGGUCUUACAGGCGAAAUCGAAUCUCUUUUCCUCGUAGGGUCAACCAUAGAAGUUUUGGAAAUACGUUCAGGCGGAUAAGAGGGAAACGAAGUGUAAUAAGUAAAUUCAAUGGUGCUAAGGACACCAGUGUUGAAUUAACAGAUCUUGCUUUUGUGCCUGUGAAGGUUAUCAGAAAUCUAAAUCAAGACAUAACUAACUAUACCUCUGUCAACCUAACUAUCGGAACAACUCGGGUUGUUAGUCCAGAAUGUAUAAGACAUCCAGAAACUCUGCACAAUAAUGUCAUUUACGCAGAGGCUGACGGACUUAACUAUAAAGGAAAAUACAAAGACUUUGCUUACGUGAAUAAUUCAGCUAUAAUUUAUUUAGGGGCUCAGAAACCGACAAAUGAUACGUCGGAGGUCUUUAUAACUGCUUAUGACAGAUGUGGUAGAACAUGUAUCCCAAAUUGUUUGGUCAAAGACAGCAAACCACCAAUAUAUAAUACUUGUACAGGGGCCAUUCGAAUAACAUCACAAAAUCCAGUUAUGUACUUAUCCUUUCCGUAUGAGCCUGAACUCCAACACCAAGAUAAUACGACAAUACCACCAAUAGAAUUUCAUUGUACAUUUUGAGGAAACAUUAAAAGUUGGUACAAUAUUUUCAUAUUACAGAAAAUAAUUAUUUGAAUAAAGGUUUUUGCAAUUUUAUUGAAAAAAAUACCGCUAAUUGACCAUCAAGUUACAAGAAGAAGAAAACGACUUUAUUUUCCAAACAUAUGCCGACUAAGUGAUUGAUAAUUAAAUAGGACAACACCAAUUAUUGAACAAUUAAAAAAAAUCAAAUAAAACAGAAUUAAAACAAGUGACAUGACCCUUUUUAGAGUUAUUUUCCUAAUGCUUGUAGUUUAAAGGUUUGGUUGGCUUGCUUGCUGUGCAUUGCUACAAGCAUUAGGAAAAUAGCUCUAAAUACUAGUAAGUUUUAAAAAAAACUAUAAAUUAGAAUAGCAUGGUUGCAAUCCGUCCGUAAGACAGUAUUAAUUAAAGCAGUUGACAUCAGAAAUAUAAGCUUACGUGGUUGAUAUCUUUGAUCAGUUUUUGCAUGCUUAGAAAUAUGUGUGAAUGUAAAUUUCCCGUCCGUGUCAAAAACGUUUACAUGAAUACUUUGUAACGUAUGGGUAUUUUUCUUCUUGUUUGAUUAAUUUUGGUGUAUAAUUUUCAAAACAAGACAGAGAGAGAGACAGAGAGAGAAAGGACUAACUACAUGUAUCUGAUAAAAUGUAUAAUUAAUAAAAACCACAUAUAUGUCAUCGUUUG